AUUUUGGCAACAUGGCAAAUGAAAAGUUGUAUGUUAAAUUUCAUCCGAAAAAAUUCUUUGCAACAAUGAGUUUAUUGUGCAUAGCUAUAAUUUCAUAGUCUUCCCCAGCGGCCUUGCCUUUUCUUGUGGAUCAAGCAAUCCUCCCCAAUACAGGAGGACAUACCAAUUUCAUUCCAGCCCUUGGGCUUCCUGCCAUUGAUCAUCUGACUCGUCGCUAGGGGAAAGAGUAGACCAGCAGACUGCUUAUGUGCUUAAGUCAGAAUCUACUGUCUGCAACUUAAAGGAUAUUUUGGAGUUACGUAAAAAUUUUUGUGUUUGAAAAGUUGAUUACUCGAAGCCACUUGCUGGUCGCUAUGAUUGUUUUCAAAUGAAGCUUCAUCAAGUUUUAACUGGGGCCUGCAAUGCUGGGGACAGGUGUUUUGCCGUUGGCAGUGUUGAGGGCAUACCAUUUGUGACCUAUGCAGCAGGGUCCAAUAUAGUUGUGCUCUCUGUCACAUUUGAGAGGGUGCAAAUUAUCCCAGGCAUCUGUCAUCAAAAUGUGCAGAUUAGCUGCAUUGACUGUAGCACAGAUACAGGAAAGAUAGCAGCUGCAUAUGGCAACAAAGUCAAAAUAUUUGAACCUACACCUCUCGUCCAUCACAACAGCACCCACAAAUUGGACUAUCACUGGGUUGAAACUGGCCACAUCCAAACAGAGUAUUUUGUCCGAGCCAUCUCAUUUAACCUCGAGGGAACUCGCCUCCUACUUGGUGGUCGGCUAUUGCAGCUAUGGGCAUCAAAAGGAACGAACGAAAGCCAAGAAGAUAUUUUUUCAAAACAUAUCCCGAGGAGCGCCACAUUUCAACUAGGUGCUGGCAAUGACGGGGAUUCGGAUGAGGAGGAACGAGACCCUGGGUCUAAUGAAGCAAAAGAAACUAGGCCUAAAAGCCCUCAGACGGGAGACGCGAGUGAUUCCUAUGAGCUGACGUGGGAAACGCGUACUUCAUCACCUGUUCGGCUGAUGAGUUUCUCUCCGGAUGGAACUCUUUUUGCCACGGCAGGAAUGAACGACCCUCUGGUUAAAGUGUGGUACCAAGAUAAGCCUUUGUUAUUCCCGUCGAAAAGCAUGGAGCAUUUGGCAGCGGCUUCACCCACGUGCAACGACAGUUCAACAAAGUAUGCCUUCGAAUAUUUAGGUCAUCCAGCAUCAGUUGUUUCAAUUGAAUGGAGGAGGACGUCAAAGUACAUGCCACGAGGAAGCGUCGCUAAUAUGCUGGUUACCAGUUGCGAGGAUUCUAUAUGUCGUGUUUGGGUCGAGACUGUAUUGCCAGAAGAUGGUCUAGUCAACAUGAACAAUUUCGAUCCAUUGGCGGCCCAAAAUCCUCGGUUUCGAACUCACCGCCAUAAACACAAAUUUAUGCAGCGUCUAAAACACAUGAGGCAUUGCUUCCAACUUAAGCGGCUAUUGAAACAAGAAAACGGGGGAAAGUCACCGAAAAAGGGAAAUAAAGCCAUGACAAUACCUACAUUAUUCUCCACAUACUCGGUGCAUGAUUAUCAUAGCUAUGGUGUUCAUGGCACUGGUCAAGCCAACGGUUUACACUUUCAUCUUGCGGCAACAAUCAAUGCGCAGACAGAUAUCCCAUUAGUUCCAAGUUUGGGAGGAUCGGGAAAUGACAAAGGGUUUGUAGUUCACUGGCUGAACAAUAAAGAAAUGCACUUUACCCUCCAAGCCGAGUACAUCCUUCAGGAACUUAGUAAGAAAGCAGUUGGCCGCGAAGAGAGUUUUCAGAAUGGGUUAGGUGCUGUGGAAUCGGAAGAUGAUCGAGGCGAAGAUCCUGAACCGCAAAUGGAUUUCCUUAGGCGAAAGAAGCUGCGAGCUACUACUGGUGAUUUGGCCAAGUUUUUGCGAACGGAACAGGAUCAGGGAAAAAAUCUUGAUCUGCCUAGCCCUCAUGCUGGCCACGGACUCCAUCCAGAUCAAAUUAUGAGUAACACUGCGUCCCUGUAUUCAAUGAACACCGACAUCACAGGAGUCACAGGACUGGGCGUUCCGCUUGGAGAUGCCUUAGAUCAUCGCAUUGAAACAUUAUUAAAGGAUUGGCACCAUAGUCCAGAUUUAUUGUAUGCCGUACAUCCAUUAGACGGAUCGUACCUUGUUUGGUUGGUCGACUGGUUGGACGAGUACAAUCCAGGCUCUUUCAGGCAGGCGCAGGUCUCGUUUAGUUCGAGACUACCAAACGCCGUGCCACUUGGCGAUGCGUCAACGUUGAGCACUCAUUUGGCAUUGUUCAACCCAUUCCAUAUUUUGGAUUUACGCAAUUUAUUGCACCUUGAAGGUCCUCAGUCGAUACAAUCUCCUCAACCUCUUGCUCCCGCCAACGUGGCAGAUGAAGAUGCUGCUGUCGACGAAGAGUCACAGUCGACGAAUCAUGCUUCUAGCAGCUGUGGUCCAGCCCCACAGAGUGCUGAGGGUCCAUCAGCCACCAUCGAGGAAAAACAUGAAACAAAUCCAUAUCAUGCUUCAUCUUCUCCAGUUGUGGCCAUGGUUACUAAACAUGCCAAUGGAACUCUUAAUCUUUGGCAUUUAGCAUUGAGUGAUCAGUCCAAGUUCACGCAAGUAUUGUCAGUCAGUCAUCUGACGAGAAUAUCAGGUCAUCGAUUUCGAGUUAACAGCAUAUCUUGCCAUCCCGUUCUACCUUUACUGUUGACCACGUCCCAUCAUAACGUCAUCAACAAUCCCAAUGACAGAGAAAUUUUCGGUGCAACGACACAAAAGAAAAGGCGUGAGUCCGGACAGGCAAAUCAAGGCUAUUGCAGUGAGCUUAUUUUGUGGAAGGUAGAAACCGUUGGUCCUCUAGGCAAAUCUGGCGGAGUGAAAGAACUGGCUCGGAUUAAUUCACCCGAAAUGUCUGCCUUUGCAUCUGUUGCCUGGAUACCAACAGUUUUACCAAGUUCAUCGUUAGGUGGAUAUUCGAAUUCUGCAAGCGCUUGUUUUGUUGCGUCUGAUGGAACAAGUUUACGGAUUUAUCAAGCUGUAAUUGAUGCCAGAACGCUCUUAGCACAGAUUCUAAUAACGCCAACUUUAGGACCAAACAAUCCGUUUAACACUUCCUUCGAUAAAGAGUCGCCUGUCCGGCAGUUCAUGUUGGGCAAUCGUACGCUUGUACGGCUAGUUUCCGAACAAUCGACUUCUCGUCCAGGAUGCAUUUUAGAAUUAGAUGCAAUGGUGGAAGCGGAUCAUGAUUGGAAACAGACUCAAUUCCUCCAUGUUUUUCAACAGCAGUUGCUUACUGGUCACAAGUUGACAAGCAACAUUGCUACUCCAUCAAGCGUUACAGUCGCUGAGUCUGCCUACCAAACGAUUCCCGAAGUCAUGCCAACUUCGCAAAGAAAAACACCGCUUUCUCAGAUGCCAUUGGCUUCCCGAAUGAGCCUCAUGGAAGUGACGCAAUCAGCCGUUGUAGACCUUCAAGAGUCGUUAGCUUUUAACGAACCUUUCUACGUUGUCGUUGUUGAAAAAGAAAAUGAAAUGGAAGCAAAGCAAAACGAAUCGUUUGAAUUUCUGGAAGUUCCAUCGCAUGGUGGCCCCCCAGAUGCAUCUGAAGGAGCUACUGUCGUCCACGUAUGGAAACUCGUAAUUUCAUCUUGCAACGAAGAACAUGGUGGAAUGGCUAGCCCGCUUCAGAAACGCCCACCUGGCCCUAAUGUCACAAUGAAGACGAUCAAAAUGUGCACUCAACGUCUUCCGCUUCCCGACGGAGUGGGUAUUAUUCAUGCGGCUCCGGCAGCCGGUCAUUUAAGUUCUGCUUCCAUUUACCCUGCGUGCUUCGCUCCCUAUGCAAUGGUCACAGCGUGCACGGAUAAUACGGUUAGAUUUUGGCGAUGUAAAUCAGUAACGGAAAACAAAUCAAAAGGAUCGCCAGAAGAAUAUCUUCGUUGGGAAGAGUGGCAGAUGAUAAGCAAAGAAGGCACAUCACAACUCCCAAUUUCAGGGAGGCCGUUGUCUGUUUCAGUAGCCUAUAGUGGUCGUAUUGCUGUGGCCUAUAAGAAUGGAAAAUCUUUUAAAGGGAAAUCUGUUAGAGACAGUAAGAAUCGAGAAGUUGAUACCCGAUAUUUUGACCUUGUCGUGUCUAUAUACGAAUGUGAAUCAACUGGAGGUUCUGAAUGGGUUCAAGAGGAUGUGAUAUAUCUUAAAAAUAUUCGCCUGCCCCGCUUGCCGCCUGUCGAUCCCAAUAUUGAUCUUGCUUAUUUACAAGAAGAAGGAGAACAUUGGUUAAAGAAACGGCAAGUUGGUAUCGAAACGCUGACAAAGAAUUUAUCUCACAGUGACUUAGAAAGUCAGGAUAACGAUGGCGGUUGUUUUGAACGCAUCCAGCCUAAGAUUCAAGGUCUUUUGUCGGUGCCCAGCUAUGCAACGUUAUUAACGUUAAAAAGGUCUAUUGAACAUCGUGGUAAUGUGUGCCCCUUAACUCAAAAAAAUUUAGUACAAUUGGAUUGGGUUUCGAAAGAAGAUGGAUCUCACAUCCUCACUGUUGGCGUUGGACAUCGCGUUCUACUCUAUACGUCUGUCUCGAGUCCGGCCGUUAAGGAGCGAUUCAACAAUUCGAAAGUCGUCAAAAAUCAUAAAUUAGCCAGGCAGACAUCGCAAACAUCUUCAUUUAACCAAGAUGAUGUUACCGUCAGAUGGUUACGUUUACGUUCUCUCGAACUGCGAACAGCUGAUGGACUUCCUCCAUUGCCAAUGCAUUUGUCUUGGGUUCGUGAUGGCAUUUUUGUUGUCGGAAUGGACAAUGAAAUGCAAAUCUAUUCUCAGUGGAAAGACACAAUGUCUGGAAUCACUAAGGAAUCUACUGGGGCUUCGGUGACCUCUCCUAUUUCUCUCCAGGAACAUCUCGGAGAAGAAAGUGGUACUGAUGUGGACAGUGAUACUGAAGCAGGUAGUGUUGGCUAUGACGACGAUGUUGGAGAGGACCGCGAUGUACUUGAUCGCGAAUUACAUACGUUGGCAAAAGAAGGGCGCAUCACUUAUGCUCCGAGUAUGGCUCAGCUGCCUAGGGCCAGUUCGAUGCAUGCUUUAGCAGCUGCACAAGCCUCCAGCAAUGUGAAAAAGGUCACCGUAAACACUCCAAAAAAGAAAAAAGACCUUAGUACAACAGUCUGCAGUCCCACAGUAUCGCUACUGCAAGACUGCUUGCCUAGUUAUGGGCUUUUUGAAGCCAGCCAAAUUGCCUGUCCCGUUUUACCACAAUAUCACCCACAGCAACUAAUGGAGCUUCUCAAUUCUGGGAAAAUCCGCUGGGUCAAAGCAAUUUUGGCUCAUUUGGUGAGAUGCAUUUCAGGUCAUCGUGGAGCUGAAAGCGACGAAGAAGACGAUGAAGAUGUGGAAGAGUCGGCCAAACAUUGGGCAAGAACUCGAACACUUUCCAUUAGUAGUCCGGACAACGAGACGCGCAAAAUCAGCGCUGAUCUCCAUAUUUCGGCUGUUCCUAAAGAGCUGACGCUGGAUUACACGGAAAUUUGCGCAGUACCUCCGCUUCCCUUGUGGCUUCUUCUUGCAGCUGACCAGUCAACAAAUUUAGGUGAUUCCACGACAUCUGGCACCGACUCUUUGUUCCACCCUUCAUUGGAAACACAUGCCGAAGAAGAAGAGGAUUUAGACACAAUUUUAAGCGAAAGUCCACCAAGGCGAAAGAAUAAACGUAAAAAUGCCAGCGGAGACUGUGGUGCCCAGCAUUUGCAGCAGCAAUACUUUCAAUUCGGCACUCGACAAGCCGCUCUUCUGACAAGUGUUCUGACGCAUACUCAGCUCCCAGGUUUGAGUAGCGUUGACCAGAUGCAUUUGUUGGCUCUGGCAGAUACGUUGGCAUCAUGCAGUGCUACCCACCUAGUCACGAGUACUAUCCAAACUGGAGCGACGAAGAAUCCGUCCAAAACUGGUCCUUCCCAUGCCGGCUCAGAGUCAUCUUUGGAUUCUUGCGGACUUCGCUUUUUGUUGGCUGCCCGUCAUCAUUCAUACCUGUUACGUUGCCUGCCACCUGUCCAGCGUGCUUCUUUAAAAAAACAGGGAAUCAGUAGUUCGUUGUUGACGUGGGCUUUCCAUUCGGAAGCGCAAGACGAACUCUUGCAGCUUCUUCCAGCCUUUACCAAACCUAAUCCCACGUGGGCCGAUUAUCGUGAACUGGGAUUUGGAUGGUGGAUGAGAAACAACGCCAGCUUGCGUCGUUGCGUUGAAAAACUUGCCAAAGCCGCUUAUCAAAGUCAAGGCGAUCCGUUGGACGCUGCCCUGUACUACCUGGCGAUGAAGAAGAAAAAUCUGGUCUGGGGUCUCUUCCGUCAAGUACAGAACGAACGCAUGACUGCGUUCUUUAGUAACAACUUCACCGAAGAGAGGUGGCGUAAAGCGGCAUUGAAAAAUGCUUACGCUUUACUUGGCAAACAGCGGUUCGAACAUGCCGUGGCCUUCUUCCUUUUAGCUGGAUCGCUGAAAGAUGCCAUUGACAUUUGCUUGAGCCGGAUGCAUGAUAUUCAGUUAGCCAUCGUUAUCACCCGAUUGUAUGAAGGAGAUAUGGAGUCCGUCCCUCCCGGACUUAAGAAAUUGCUUCAGGAUCAUGUGUUGGGUUUUAAUGAGAGUAGUGAACCGGUUGCAGCUUCAGCAGGAUCGGAUCCUUUCCUGCGUUCCAUGUCCUAUUGGCUACUAGCCCAGUAUACGGAUAGUUUAAGUACACUGUUGGAACGACGAGGUGAUAAGGGCGAGUUGACCAAGUCACAGAAUAUCGCAAGUCCGAGCGUUUUCAAUUUCUACAUCUAUCUUCGCAAUCAUCCCCUUAUUAUUCGACAACAACUGGCGUUGUCAGCAAAAGGGCAAUCUGCUAAUAAGCGGACGCAUUUGGCAGGCGUGGGUGCCAUCAGUGUUGACAAGACUUACCUUCUACAAGAAUGGAUAACGCCUCUUGAACGGCGUUUGUAUUUCACUACGGCCCAUGCCCACUUCCUCGCGGGUUGUCCAGCUCUAGCUCUGGAGGUGUUAUCCAAAUUGCCCGAUCAUGUUCAACAGCCGGAUAGUGAAGCGGAUAAAAAUUCCGAUUCUGCUGCCGCAGCCGAUGAGAAUACGUGCGAAGUUGUUCAACAGAAAGCUGAAGGCAUUGAUUGGUCGACUCCACUCGUAAUUGUUAGUCCGAGUGCCGAAACGCAUGAGUUUGACUGGGGACAACCCAUCGGCAGCAAACCCGAUACGUUGGAGCUUAAAUGGAGUGACGAUGAGGAUACUGAUACAGACUGUUCUGAUGGGGGCAUUACAAUGAAAGAAAUGAGCACUGCAGAGGUUCCAGUAGUACCCUCCGAGCCGAAACUAGAAGCGGACUCGGAAUCUGGUGGCUUGGACAUCAUGGCCCAACAACUGAAAUUCAUCGCUUGUUUAAAGAUUUUAAUGGGAGAAAUGGCAACACUUGCCACUGGUUUUGAAGUCGAUGGUGGUCAGUUGAGGCUUCAACUUUACCUUUGGUUGGAUCGAGAGUUACAGGCCUUACAACAACUUUGCAAUUAUGCGCCCAUCCCGGUAUCUGGUAGUGGGAAUGAAGAGGACGAACCUAGCCUGUUGCCCGCCAUUCCUUCCUCGUACAAAAAUCCAACCACGACAGAUGAACCUGUUACCUUACAUGAAAUACUGCUGGCAGAAAAAUUGGAUCUCGAAGCCAAGGUGAAAAGAACUAACCGUAGAAGACGAUGGUUAAAAGCCAAUGAACUGCUAGUGAGGACCUUAUUGAGUUAUUGUAGUAUUCAUGGAUCACAAGGAGGAGGACUUGCAUCUGUCCGCAUGGAGCUUAUCCUUCUUCUGCAAGAAUUGCAACAAGAUAGAAGAUAUUCCACAGGAGGCUCCGAUUCAGCCUUGAAUCUGAAUCAGCCCCAACUCUCUUCUCCUCUGGCGUAUCCAACAAGUCUUCCACUUUUAGCUGCUAGUGUCGCUGGAACAGAAAUCAUUACAACAGAUCCUGUUCGUCAUUUAGAAAGCCAAAUUCGAGAUUUGUUGAGAGCAAUUGUUGGAUUGAGCUGUGUUCCUGUACCUGGAAAGAUCAGCUUUGGACAGAUGAGUCUUAUUCGCGACCUGGCGCUGGCCUUAUCUGCGUGUCUCUAUCAAGCCCUUUGCUCGUCUGAUGCAUGGAGUCUUCAGCAACAACAGCAAGAACAACAGCAAGGCUCAGUCGGACCACUUGCUCGAUUGGCUGUUGUUUUUCGUGCAAUGCAUAACAUUGGCGUAAAUAAUUACGUGAAGCGCGAAGAGCCUCAGCUUCAGCCUGCCAGUAGUCCGUCAAAAUGGCCAGGCGUGACGUCAUUGCGUGCCCUGUUGGCUCGCGAAAAGGAUGAAGACGCACCAAGAUUAUUAACUUUGUUGUGUGAAGCUUUUGUUGCCGUUUACGUUUCGUUAUUGUGUUAUUCUAUGGCGGCCUGCGAUUCACAUGUGUUAUAUCGAUUGGCCGGCUUGCAACCCACGGAGAGUAUGUGGGGAUCUGUUUACGGAGGGGGUGCCAAACAGCUAGUCAGGGUUACUACGACCUCGACGUCCACGCUGCAGGGCUCACAAGGUCUUGGAACCUCUAGUGAUGGGGGAUCGCCCCAGCCACCCGGAUCCCCCUCGUCUUCAACGAUGGAUGUUGCCAAGCAGCGAGUUCGUUUACACAUCAAACUGUUGCAGCAAAUUGGAACUCCAGCCUCCGUGGGAGGUGGGCUAACAACGGUUCCGUCAAAUGCACCGAUGGGAAGCUUGUCGUCUAGGAAACCGUCUCUUCCACAGAGCAGCGAAGAUAUGCCUACUUAUAAAGAAGUCUUUGUUGCUCCUAAAUUGUCAUUAGUGGCAUGUUUGAUGAAAAAGCCUAAUUUGCCUCUUGAGAAAGCCUCGUAUGAUUACGAUUCUUCUGCUUCAGACGUGGAUGAAGUGGAUGCGGAAGCGGACGGUGAAAACGAAUCCGAAAACGAUGAUUUUUGGGAGGAAUUGGAUAGUGGCAAAAGAGCAGCUGCCAAAAAAACAGACACUAACGCAGGUGAUUCCGAGCACAGCAAAGCCGACUCAAUCAGCUGGCAUGCAAUACGUUUGGCUGUGACGCGUUUAUGUAUUGGAAAGAUGGAGGAAUUCUUAAGAGUAGCUGGUGUUGAGCCUGCAGACUUGCCUGUUGUUAGUCCUUUGAGUCAUGCCGUUACACGAACCAUGCACCAAUGGUGUGGAUGGCUACAGAGGCAACUGGAAGCGGCUGGGCCACCACCUCCUAAUUACAUACCUGGAUGCGUUGUAGAAAAUACAACUACUGGGCCACCCAUUCUGAAGUACCGAAGUCUACUGGAUCCCAACAACACCCCUUUCUUAACCAAGGAAGCAAACGCACGACCCAUUCGACGUCUUUGGUGUUUCCUGGUUCGCCAGGAGAAAGUCCAAGAUAUUUUUAUCCGUCUAGUCUUUGGAAAAAAACAUGGAGCGUCUCAUAGUUCUGGAGCUAACAACACCGAUUCCAUUUCUCUUUAUUCAGAUGUCGUUGGUCAGGAUGAUCUAACAACUGACACUAUAACAGCCGUUUCGGGAGGAGGUACAGAUCGCUUGCAGGAUCCAGUUCGAAUCAUUCAUAAAGAUCAAGACAUUAUUAGCGCGUUUUGCAUCAAUUCAACUAACGGAGGGGUCCUUGCAUUGGCCAAUGGAAAAGAAAUUCAAGAGUUGGAUAUUACCCCGUUGUUAGAUAUGCAAUCGGCCGUCUUGGAGGACGAAUGCGAAUUGGACCUCCUUGGUCUAGAUAGGGAUCCGGACAGUAAUGCGUCCGCUUACUUAGUUGUUCAAACUCCGGGCGAUCGCAACUUGCUGAACCAAAUGAAUGGAAUAUCUGGAUCUGCAAGCACGGCCCACUUUCCCAGCUACGCCCCAUCAGCAUCGAAUAGUAUGGUACCACCGGGAGGUCCGACUCUACCAGUGACUGGACGUGGAACAACUUUGUUGCGGAAACACAAGGUGGAUGGUGUGCGAAGAAUGACAGCCCACCCGUUACUUCCACUAUACAUCGCUGGCCAAGGAGAUGGAUCGGUUGCCAUAUGGGAAUGGGGUCAUGUUGGAGUUGUUUCUCAACCGAGAACUCCCGGGACCUACGCAAAGGUGAAUCGUCUUCGUUUUAACAGCCAAGGAAACAAGUUUGGCGCAGCCGACGGAGAUGGCCACGUCGCCUUAUGGACGCUUCGUCUUGGAGGAGGAUCUGCACCUCAUCGCCCAUUCUUUUCACACCAAUGUCAUAGCAAGGGGACGUCGGAUUUCGUGUUUUUGGGCUCAUCGAGUAUACUGGCCACCACCGGGCACAGUUCAGAGUCCCGCAACGUCGUUUUGUGGGACACAUUGAUGCCCCAACGCAAGGCAGUUAUUCAUUCAUUUGUAUGUCACGAAAACGGAGGCACUAGUUUGCUUUAUGCGUCUCAGCACCAACUCUUGAUAUCUGCUGGUCGUAAAGGAAUCGUUUGCCUAUGGGAUUUAAGACAACGAACACUGCGUCACAAGUUCUCGGCGCAUGAAUCCUCUGUCGCUGUAAAAUGCAUGGCAUUAGAUCCUAAUGAAGAAUUCUUUGCGACUGGAUCUGCUGAUGGUGAUAUCAAGGUUUGGAGCCUUGCCACCCAGCAUUUACUUUACGCUUUCCCUGCUGAGCAUUCCCGUUCAUCCUUUUUCCGAUCCAUGGGUCAAGGAAAUGGAGUGAAUCAAUUGCAUUUGGACACAUCAGGUCGACUGUUUUCUUGCGGCUCCGAUGGUUCGAUGAAGCUGCGUCAGUUGCCCUAUGUUGGGAAUAGAGAAAGUAUUGUCUCGACUCUUUACUAG